GAGUCGGGUUAGCAGAGGUCCCCACGCCAGGACCCCCAGAAGGCAGCGUCUGCCUCCAGCCUCCCGAGGGGACGCGGGAGCUGGUGUCCUGCCCUGCUGACAGGGAGGGGUGCUAAGAACUCACGUAUUGCCCCCCAACGACCCUGCGAACUUACCUGUAGUUCCCGGGUCCCCCUGGGCUUGGGGGUGCCCUUUCAUCUUUUGGAGGAAAAGAUGUGUUGGAAGACAUUGCUGCUUCUGCUGCUGUGUUACGAUGCUCAGGCCACGGUGCCCCAGCGGUGGAACAGGGCCCCGCUCUUCCCUGUGGCACACCGGCCGAAGAGAUCCUCAUCGAUGACCUUGAACCCCAUCCUGCAGACCUCCUUGGAGGAAGUAGAGCUGCUCUUUGAGUUCCUGCUGGCUGAACUUAAAGUCGGCCCGGACCUGCAGAUCUCCAUCCAGGACGAGGAGCUUGCCUCCCUGCGCAAGGCCUCGGCCUUCCACGCCGUCUGCAACAACGUGAUCCCCAAGCGCAUCCCUGACAUCCGCCGGCUGAGCGCCAGCCUCGCCCAGCGCCCGGGCAUCCUCAGGAAAGAGGACUUUGAGAGGACGGCGCUGACACUGGCCUACGUGGCCUACCGCACAGCCCUGUCCCAGGGCCACCAGAAGGACGUCUGGGCUCAGUCCCUCCUGAGCCUCUUCCAGGCCCUGAGGCAGGACCUGGCGCGGUCCUCAGGCCCCAGAGACAGGCAGGCGCCUGGACGGCAGAUCAGGGACCCGCACAUGCUGUAAUCCCGAAAUUCUGCAUUCCAACUCCCCUUGCCUGGACCCCUUGCCUGCACCAGCAGCGAACCACAAGCUACCAACUCAGAGGAGCAGGGAUCAAACAGGUGGUCCCCAUGCUCUUUGCACCUGUGCUUCCUGGUGAGCGCAUCUGAUUCAUGCCAUUCGGGACCUGGGCUGGAAGAAGGGGCUGGAGUGGUCAUUCAAGAUGCUUCCAGAGGCAGAAAGGCUCCCCUGGCGACACACAGGAGGCUAAGAUAGCCUCCAACACUGGGUAUGGCCACAAACACCCAGAGGAGGGACAGAGCUAGAGGAAACUUCACAGAGGUGUGGGCAUGGAGGGUUGUGGGGGGCAGAUCUUUGGUCCUAAGGGGCCAGGGUGUUGGGCUGAAAGAACUUUUGUCCCAAGGUUUUGUGGUUAAGACAUAAAGAAAUAGGGCUAUAGACCAGGAAUACCCUGUUAGCCGCGGGCACGCUUCUCAGCCAUUGCAAAAGCCACCAAGAAGGAUCAGCUAGAAUGUCAGUGACUUAGGACCUAGAUGUUAUAGUUCCUCUUUCCUGAAGGCUGAUCUAACGUGGAGGAGACAACUCAGGGGUCACAGAAAUGCUCCCAACAGUCAUGCUUUGUGCGUUGAGCAGAGAAAGCAAGGGUCACCCUCAUGAAGCAGGUGCCACCCACCCCCAUGCCUGCCGUCCUAAUGCUAAGUCCUCCAGCGCCAGCCGAGAAGGAAGUGCAGCAAAUAAACAUGAUUCCAGAAGACAACACUCUGCCCUUUCGGAUGCCAACACUUUGACCUUAGCAAUACUGCCUUGACCUCUUUUUGAGCAAUGCAGAUGCAAUGCUAAAGCUUUGAUUUGAAUCUUAAGAUCAUUUGCAACAUUUUAAGGAAGGAAUUAGCUAAGAUGAGAUCGCUAGGCUGCUCCUGUUCUGAAUGUCCAGAUUUAACUGUGAGAUGUUGCAGGGUGGACUCCGGCCCCACGUGGUCUGCUGGGCCCAAAGGUCCCCAGUUUUGCUGAUUCUGUGUCCACUGUGAGUUUCUGCUGCCUUCCUCACACCAGGCUUCUAGAAUGCGUUUUUGUUUCCCAUAUAACUCGCGCUUGGUGGAUUAACUUGAUCGUAGCUAUGAUCACCUAAAAAGCAAGAUAACUAGGCCUGUUCCAAUUCUGUGCUAAGUCAGAGUUCAUAGAUACAGGCUUUGCCAGGAGGAAAGCACCUGGGGUGUCAUAGGGUCCUCACCAGCUCAGUUUUCUGGCUUCUCCUAGGAUUACAGCUGGUCCUGGAGGCUACAAAUUCAAGAAGUCUGACCUCUGAAUGGGGCGGGAUUCACUGAGCUCAAAUGGAUUCUGAAAUGGGUAUUUAAAAGCUGCCAUCCCAUGAUGACGAAAGCCGGCCUGACUUACUUUAAUCUUUGAACAAGGGAGCUCUGCCUCACGGCACAGCCUGCAUGAUCUUUUUGGAAAAUACUAGGGUACAGGAAGAAGUUAGUCUUCAUCGGAGAAAAAACACCUUUGCAUUCUGAUGUUCUCAGGCUCAGAAGAUGAAGCGCGGUGUCUCUCAUUCGCUUUCCCUUGUAGACUGCCUUUCACCCCCUUCAAACACAGCCACCGAUCGAUGCUUUUUGUUCAAUCCUUCUCUUCCUAAUGUGGAUGUUCUCCUGACACGCUCACUGAACUCGUCUCGUUCUUUCCUUUUUCUCUCAGUUGCUGUCUCUGCUCCCCUGCCAACCCACUUCCGAUGAUCUCUGUCCGUUUCUUGAGUCCCGUUCGGCUGCCUGUGGCUCAGUCGGCCUCAGUCUGCCUGCGCUGAUUUUCCAGCUCCCGGUCUCCUCUGGGUGUCACUGGCUGACUAACACAAAGGUCAAUGUACAGGGAGGGUCGGAAACCAGAUUCGCCGCGUGGUCUCCCUUUGCUGCUGGUACAGCAAGGAGUGAGGGGGCCCGCAGGGACUCGGUCCCUAGACACUGUAAAUCCCGGACAUUCAGAAUCGCAUCCCAGCCUGGAACUACUCCCGUUGAGUGGAUCUGAGAAUGUUCUUUCAGUCACGGUGCCGAAAGACCCACCGUUGACAGCCCCCCACCCCCCCGGCCCUGCCUACCACAUCAUAGUGUAGACAGUGGUCCCAGUGAUGGGGAGGCUGGUUCCCAGGGCCAGUGGCAGCAACGGUAGCUCAUUCCCAAAGCAACAAAGAUCUAAAGGCA